AUGAAUGUUGAAGAUAAAAAACAAGAAAGAAGCAAGGCUAAAAUGGCGAUCACUGUCGCUGCGAGGCGUCUGAUCGGAGCCUACAACAGAGAUUGUGAAUAUGAUAUUUUAAAGGAUUCAAUGUUCGAACUUGAAAAGGUAUUUGAUGAUUUUUGCGUUAUGAAUGAGGAAUACGAACUUAUUGUAUCUGACGAAAAAUACGCUGAACACCGUGUAGUUAAUGGUGAAGAUAUUAGGACUUACAGAGACAAUGUAAAAAGGUGCUAUCAAGAAGCUAGGAGUGUAUUUGUUAGUGUAAAGACAACAAUCGAACAAAAAGCUAGACAACAAAGUGCUGGGCCUGUCAAAGUUGCCCUAAAGAAUGACAUUUGUAGAAUUCAUGAACUAAUCACAGUCGUUGAUGAGAGUUUUAAACUGGAAAAUGUGAAUAUGGCAGCUUUACAACUAGAUAAGAGUGAUCUACAGUCAAUUUUGAACAUAAUAUGUGAUAACAUGGCAAAACUUGGCUCGAUUGAAACACAAGAGCAAGUUAACCUAAUCCAAGAAGAAGUCGAUGCUAUUAUCAGAGCAGUUUACAAUUGCAUCAGAAAGAUAAACUUGUUUUUGCAUGAGCAACAAGCAUUUGUUAAAUCAUUACACAUUGAAACUGCCACUCUCCCCUCUGAAACCAACACCCCCCCUGAGAACACUGAGACCAUCAACACCAUGUCUCCCCCCGGAAAUCAACACCAACACCCCCCUGAGACCAUCAACACCAUGACCCCCCCGGAUAUCAACACCCCCCCUGAGACCAUCAGCACCACUUCCCCCUCGGCAAUCAACAGCAAUAUCCCCCCUGAGCCCAUUUAUACUGCAACCCACCCUGAAAUUAUUGACACCCCUGCUAUCGAGACCAACACAAUUCCACCUUUGUUGCCAAUUAACGCUUCCCCCCUUAAUUACUCCAGUCCCUUUGGCACCCAAGUUACCACCAACAUUACAAAGGCCAACACCCCCCUACCAACCUUACCUGGGACCAGUACGGGUUUUUGCUUGAAUACAUCAGCUCAAACCUUCAUUCCCUCUACCACCUUUCAUUCGGAAAGCAGUUCCACAUCGGGACAAACGCAUUUGUCUCAGAAAUGUCAGAAUCCUACAAAUUUAUCAACAGGUUUCCCUGCAUUUGCAAUGCCAAUGGGAUCAAAUCUGCCAAGAGUGGCAUCCAGCUAUUAUAGCAACCACAAUCAGACCAGGAGCAAUUUGUCAACCAGUCCUAUGUAUACAACCCUAUCUGGACAUCAACCCACAGUCCCGUUGAUUAAUACAAGACCUUCCCACCAAGAUUCCACCAUUCGGCUAAAAAGGAUGGCCCUACCCACAUUCUCCGGACUUAGGAAAGACUGGCCAGAGUUCAAGGCAGUCUGGAAGUCUAUGGCUGAGUCUGCAAGUUAUAAUAAAACUGCAUUAGCACACGAACUUAAGAACUCAGUUAAAGGAGAAGCCAAACACCGCAUCAAAUCUGUUUUUGUCACCAAGCCCGAAGCUUACGACAUCAUGUGGGAAAAGCUAGAGUGUCACUAUGGAGAUACUACUGCCAGUGUACAAGCUGCUUUGGAAGAUCUUCAAAGGCUAAAACCUGUAAAAGAAGAAGAUUAUAAAGCUCUGGUUGAAUUAGUGGAUGAAGUUGAAUCUGCCUACAGUCAAUUGGAAGAGCUCAACCAGCUAAACACUUUAACCAUGCGAGAUGUAGACAACCUAACUGAUUUGUUACCUACCCAUCUUAAAGUCGACUGGAGACGAAAGUAUCGUGAUUUAUCGUCUGCGGAGAAGCUUCAACCAUUUACUCCGCUAAUGAAGUUCCUAGACAGAGAACGUUCAGUUGUGGCUCGUUUAGCAGAGAAUCAGCAUUCUAAGAAAAGAGGAAAUGACAAUGCAAGAGGAUACAGCAAAACCUAUCAUGUUGAAAGAGGUGCAAAACACGGACAAAGAACCUACUACAAGUGUGCCUUCCCCACCCACAGAAAAGACACCAUAAAUCACACCACCGAACAGUGCAAAGAAUUCCAGAAGUUGUCCAUCAGCGGUAAAGAUGGCAGAUAUGAGUUGUUGAAGCAGGUAAACGCUUGUUUCAAAUGUUUUGGUAAUCAUAGGAAGCUUAACUGCCCCAAAAAACUCCCAUGUUCCUCAUGUGGAAGUGACCAACAUCAUUCCCUGCUGUGCAUCCCACCAAAGCCCCCAAAAGAUUCCGGGGAGAAAUCGAAAACUGGAGAUAAUGGGAACAAGGAAGUAGCAUCCUAUACCGUAGGAAGAGAUUCAAUGGCAUUAUACCCUAUCCACCAAGCGACCAUUAGCGACAGUGGUAGAAAAGUGUCCGUCUUCUGUGAUGGAGGCUCUAACGCAAGUUAUAUCACUCAUCGUGCUGCGGAAAGAAUAAAAAGAAAGUUAAAAAACUCUCUCUUGACGUGA